AUCAACCCUGGUCAAAGCCUUUACCCAAUCAGUGAGUUAGCCAGCCCACAACUCAUAGCCCUUUCUCAACUGCUUUAAUCAAAACACAUAGCCCUUUCUCUCUCUAAUAGUCUCUCACUCAACAUUUCAUCGAUCUCCGCUGAACGCAUUUACUGUCAACGAGAUGGAGCAGUAUGAAAAAGUUGAGAAGAUUGGCGAGGGAACUUAUGGAGUUGUGUACAAGGCCCGUGAUCGCGUGACAAAUGAAACUAUUGCUCUGAAGAAAAUCCGUCUGGAGCAUGAAGAUGAGGGAGUGCCGAGCACAGCGAUCAGAGAGAUAUCUCUCUUGAAAGAGAUGCAGCAUGGCAACAUUGUAAGGCUGCAAGAUGUGGUGCACAGUGAGAAGCGCUUGUAUUUGGUAUUUGAAUAUCUGGACUUGGACUUGAAGAAGCACAUGGAUUCUUGCCCAGAAUUCUCGAAGGAUCCUCGUCUAGUUAAAAUGUUUCUAUAUCAAAUACUACGUGGUAUUGCUUAUUGCCAUUCUCACAGAGUCCUUCAUAGAGACUUGAAACCGCAAAACUUGCUGAUAGACCGCCGAACCAAUGCAUUAAAGCUUGCAGACUUUGGAUUGGCUAGAGCAUUUGGUAUUCCUGUCAGGACAUUUACACAUGAGGUUGUCACUCUAUGGUACAGGGCACCAGAGAUUCUUCUUGGAUCCCGCCACUAUUCUACUCCCGUUGAUGUGUGGUCAGUUGGUUGUAUAUUUGCCGAGAUGGUGAACCAGCGACCAUUGUUUCCUGGUGACUCUGAGAUUGAUGAACUCUUUAAGAUUUUCGGUAUCAUGGGAACUCCGAAUGAAGAUACAUGGCCUGGAGUGACAUCUUUGCCGGAUUUUAAAUCUGCAUUUCCAAAAUGGCCUCCUAAGGACUUGGCAACUGUGGUUCCAAAUCUUGAUGCAGCUGGUCUUGAUCUCCUUGGAGUAAGUUCUUUUUGCAUAAUAGGGUAAAUUAUUGUAGAAGAGAUUAUUUUCUC